AUGGCAACAUUAGCUGAACAGUUAAAUCCCACUCCAAUACAACAAGCAGAAAAUGAACCAUCCGUUGUGGAGAAUGAAAUUGUUGCAUCGACAAUUGCUGGUGCGGAUACGGAAGAGCUUUCUGAUCUAUCGGAACCUUGUGAAGGUUCUUCAACUAGCACGAAGGGUUCUUCGUCAUUUUCAGCUUGGUAUAAUCGAAUUGCUCCAUUGGUACGUAAUAGGCAAGUACGAGUGCUUUCGAUUAUUAAUUGCAUUCUGACAAUAAUUAAUUUAUUUGUCAUCUUACUGAUUGUUACAAGCUGUUUUUGGUUGUUAGCAUUGAAAAUUAAGCAUAGUCAAUUGCUACAAAGUGAUAUGCCAUGCUUUUAUAAAUUCAAACCGUGGUCACAGUGCUCAGCAACUUGUUGGGCUGACGGUCAGCCAAUGCCAAUUAUGAAACGUGAAAUAGAUGAGGAUAAAUUAGUAAUGACACGUGGUAAAGAUUUUGCCAGCUGUCCAUCAAAUAUUAAAAAAAAUCUUGUGCAGAAAGCACCUUGUAAUUUACAACGUUGUCCAUUGAAACUUAGUUCAUUUUCAAACUGGACCAAAUGCUUCCAUAAGAAUCCAGUGCUACGAAAAGCAGGAGGAUGCUAUCAGAUACGCAUACUACCACUUGAAGAUCGUCUAAUUUACGUGGAUACGUCGGAACUUACAAGAAAUUGCCCUAAUGAACAAUGCCCGGAUUAUGUUCCGUAA